GGAGUCGUCUUCACACUUUCUGCAGCUGAACCCAGACAGCAGUCAUCAGAGAAUUUUCCACUCCUUCGCAGUGUGUGAAGCAGCUUCCAGGAAAGCGAUUCAGCCACCGGGAACGCAUCUUUACUUCACGAGAGGAAGAAACAAUCUGUAAUCCUAAUUUUGUUUUGCCUGACUGCUUCAAAGAAGAAUGAAGAAGUUUCUUUUGGGAGAGUCAGGCCCAAAGCGUCUUUGUGAAGCUGUCAAAGACAAAAGUAGGCGGCUUAAAUCAGACCCAGGGCCUCUACCUGUGUACGUCAUUCCUCUGGAGAAGAACAAAAUUGAUGUAGAUGGUUGCAAACAUUUCAGUUAUGGACAAUCUUUGACCAAACACAACCGUACCAUCAUGGUCCUCGGAGCCACUGGUGCCGGAAAGUCAACCCUCAUCAAUGGGAUGAUCAACUAUAUCCUCGGUGUUCAGUUUCAGGACUCAUAUCGAUUCAAGUUAGUUGAUGAAGACGCGUCCAAAUCACAAGCUCACAGCCAGACCUCUGAGGUUACUGUGUACAAACUCAACCACGAGAAGGACUUUACAGUCCCCUUCUCCCUGACCAUUGUGGACACUCCAGGGUUUGGGGACACGAGAGGCAUAGACAGAGACAGGGAGAUAGUUGAGCAGCUGCGGAAUCUCUUCUCUUCUGAUUUUGGAGUCACUGAAAUCGACGCCAUUUGCUUUGUAGCUCAGGCCUCCUUGGCACGUCUCACAGCCUCUCAGAAAUAUGUGUUUGAUUCAGUGCUGUCAAUCUUUGGCAAAGAUGUGGCAGAAAACAUCAGGAUCCUGGUGACAUUUGCAGAUGGUCAACGUCCACCAGUCCUGGAGGCGAUCAAUGCUUCAGGUGUCCCAUGUCCCAAAUCCAAAGACGGGCUGCCGAUUCACUUCAAAUUCAAUAAUUCAGCUUUGUUUGCAGACAACAAGUCCUCAGCGGCCAACAACACAGAUGAUGAUGAUGAUGAUGGUGGUGAAGAUGGUGGUUUUGACAAGAUGUUCUGGGACAUGGGGUCAAAAAGCAUGAAGAGAUUCUUUAAUGCUCUGAACGUCAUAACCACCAAAAGCUUGAAACUGACCAAGGAGGUGCUCAGAGAGCGGCAGCAGCUUGAAGUUUCAAUCGAAAAUCUGCAGACUCAGGUUAAACUGGGGUUAGCAAAGAUGGAGGAGAUAAAUGAAACAAAGAAACAGCUCAAAGACCACGAGGCAGAAAUCAACAGAAACAAGAACUUUGAGUUCUACGUUACUGUCACGAAGCCCGAAAAGGAGGAUAUCUCCAGAACUGGGAACUACAUCACCAACUGUCAACAGUGUUUUGUUACCUGCCAUUACCCAUGUGGCAUUCCCAGUGAUGGCGAUAAAAGUGGCUGCUGGGCAAUGGGAUCAAAUGGAUACUGCAAUCAGUGUCCAGGCGGGUGCUACUGGAAUGUGCACUUCAACCAAAAGUACAAAUGGUCGUACGUGGAUGUUCAAGAAAGACGAACCAUCGGUGAGCUGGAACAGAAGUACCGGAAAGCUGAAGGAGAGAAACUGACAGUUCAGGGGAUCAUUUGUGGCCUAAAGGCUGAUUACAGCCAGAUGCAGACUGAGGUGGUGAAUUUGAUGUCAGAGUCUGCCAAGUGUCUGAAUAGGCUGAAAGAGAUAGCGCUGAAGCCCAACCCUCUGUCCACUCCAGAGUACAUUGACAUGCUGAUUGAGGGAGAGAAAAGUGAAGGCAAACCUGGCUUUAAAGAACGAAUUAACGCUCUGACGUCCAUGAAGGAGAAAGCAGAGUUCAUGACCAAGGUAUCGAAAGGAGAGAAACUCCUGAUGUCACAACAGUCUGUGGACGUGGCGUCUCCACCUGAAGCACAACCACAAACCUGAAGCUCACAGUGAGAUGACGACUGAAGGAGAAGUCACAGCUCUCAGUGGCAGAUUGCUUGAAUAUGGAAAUGAAAACCAACAUUACUAAUAUGAUUUUCACUUCAACAAAUGCUUCUUGUAAAGUUCAUUACUGUGUCUGUCUCCAAUUAAAAAAUGACCCUUUAUAUCUGUAACUAACUUGGGAACUGAUAGACAAUAGAUGUAAUGUCGUACCUCAUUCAGGGCUUAAAUAUUAUUUUCAUUGGUAAUUAAUUCAAAAACAUACUAACAAAGUUGUAAUGAAAAUAGCUGUGCCUCAUUCAUUAGAUUUUUUUCCUUAUGACCAAUAACUGAAUUUAAAAUGUUUUUUAUCUGUUGUUCCUAACUACUUUUUAAAAAUGUAUUUGUAUGUGUUCAUUUGCAUACUCUCUGUUCAUGUAAUA